AUGGAGGACUACUACGAGGUGCUGGGCGUGCCCCGCCAGGCCUCGUCCGAGGCCAUCAAGAGGGCGUACCGCAAGCUGGCGCUCAAGUGGCACCCCGACAAAAACCCCGAGAACAAGGAGGAGGCGGAGAGGCGGUUCAAGCAGGUGGCCCAGGCCUACGAGGUGUUGUCAGACGCCACGAAGAGGGACGUCUACGACCGCUACGGCGAGGCCGGAGUGGAGGACUGCGGCGGGGGCGGCGGGGGCGGUGGGCUUUUCCGCGACCCCUUCGAGCACGUCUUCACCUUCCGCGACCCGGCCGAGGUCUUCAGGGAGUUCUUCGGCGGCCGGGACCCAUUUUCCUUUGACUUCUUUGGAGACCCGCUGGGGAACCUUGUGGGCGGUCGGAGGAGCUCCCGGAGAAGCAGAAGCAGGGGGACCGCGCCCUUCUUCACCGCCUUCAGUGGAUUUCCAGCAUUUGGGGGUGGUGUUUCUUCUUUUGAUACAGGAUUUAGCUCCUUUGGUUCCCUGGGGAAUGGAGGCCUUUCUUCCUUCGCCAUGUCUUAUGGUAGUGGUGGGACCGGCAACUUCAAAUCCAUGUCGACUUCCACCGAAAUCGUCAAUGGCAAAAAAAUCACCACCAAGAGAAUCAUUGAGAAUGGCCAAGAAAGGGUGGAGGUGGAAGAAGACGGAGAGUUAAAGUCCCUGGUCAUAAACGGCAGAGAGCAGUUGCUACACAUUGACGCCAAAUAA